AUUCCCGACCUCGGCAUCCGCAUUAUCCGCGAUCUCGUUGCUGAACCGGAUAUCUCCCGUGCGAUCCUGCCAUACUGCAUGUAAACCGCCUGGUCUGCACGCUACAACUACAACCACAGAGCCCAUCGGUGCUAAGCGACACUUUUCGUGGCCCACAAUGACUGGAAAGGAAGAACCAAAGGAGGUGCGCAAGUACCUGCAGCAAAGCCAUGACCGCAUCUUUGAGAACAACAAGAAGUGGGCCGAGGAGAUGAAGGCGAAGAAGCCAGAGUUCUUCUCCGACCUGAGCGCUGGCCAGGCGCCCGAGUAUCUAUGGAUUGGCUGCUCCGACUCGCGCAUUCCCGCCGAAGCCAUCACGGGUCUCCAACCCGGUGAGAUGUUCAUCCACCGCAACAUUGCCAACCUCGUCUGCAACAUUGACCUCAACGUCAUGUCGGUCGUAAACUAUGCUGUGCGCCAUCUGAAAGUCAAGCACAUUAUCGUAUGCGGACACUACGGCUGCGGCGGUGUCAAAGCUGCUAUGACACCCAAAGACAUGGGCCUCUUGAACCCCUGGCUACGAAACAUCCGCGACGUAUACCGCCUACAUCAAAAGGAGAUUGACGAUGUGGUUGCAAACGGUGGCACAGAAGACGACAAGUACAACAAGCUGGUUGAGCUGAACGUGUACGAGCAGUGCCGCAACAUCAUCAAGACGGCGGCGGUGCAGCAGUGCUGGGCCGAGAAUGAGUUCCCCGUUGUUCACGGAUGGGUGUUUGGGUUUGAAGAUGGAUUGCUGAAGGAUCUGAAAUUCGAUCAUGAGGGUCAGCUGAGGGAUAUCCAAAAGAUUUACAAUCUUACGGAUGCUGCAUAGACGGGCAUGGGUAGAGAGGAGUAGUGGCGUAGUGGCGUAGAAAUGUCUUUGUGAUGAGACUGGAUGUAGUUGGAUAGACGACUCGUAUGUUUUACACGAUGAAAUAUGCUGCUAUUGACGCAGCCAGUUAU